AUGGUGAACUAUUGGAGGAUGAAUAUACCAAAGCUGGUUAUCUCUGUUCAUGGUGGAACUCACAAAUUUGAGAUGCACCCCACAAUGAAAGAAGCACUUUGUAGGGGUCUUAUCAAGGUAGCAGAAACAACGGGAGCUUGGAUUCUAACAGGAGGGAUAAAUACUGGUAAGUGAAAGUCUUGAUAUUGCAUUUCAUAGCAUUUAUACAUAUCAAUAGUCCUCAUCUUCACCUCUUCAGGCACUAUUUGUCUAUUUAAGAAUUCCAUACCAAUAUUUAGAUUAGGAGUGAUAUUUGGGGGCUGCCAUCACGGGUGAGGAGCAAGGAUAUCUUUAUUCUCCUGUUAGUAUGCAGUAGAAGGAAAAUAGCAUCAUAGCUGGUGCCUACAUACACCUUUACAGGGGUGUAAAAGCUUGAUCUUUCAGCAGUUGUUGCUCUUCAUUGACAAGUAUAGAUUGGGAAUUUGGAGACGAUUCACGGUUCCAUACACUUUGACUUUUCCUACCUCAUGUCACUAGUCAAUACUCGUUUAGACACCCAUGUUUAGAUCCCUAAUGCCUUACUAAAUGGACUGUUAAAAUAAAUAGAUGGAGAAAGUUCCAUAUUGUGAGACUUUGUGUUGCAGGAACCAAUAUACCUGCAGCACAGAAACUGUAAUUGGUAAGAAAAGUUUAAGGAGAGGUUUUCCCACCCAUAUAUGGAUUAAAGAGCAGUAACAUGUUCAGUGAGAAAUUUAAAAAUAAUAUAUCUGUCCUCUUGUAUGUUAAAUGGGUCCCAUGCAUGAAAUUAUGUAAAAGUUAUUUUGAUUGAACACAAUAUAGACAAUAGUAGGCCCUCUGUUAUACGGGUCUAUAAAGCCUAGUUAAAACUACCUGAAUGGAACACAUUAAAUGUUUUUUAAUGGAAUCAGACAACACAUUUUCCUGCAAUGUAAAUGGCCUGAAAAUUAUCCCAAAUUGUCAUGACAGUCGCUGAAAAAUUCUAUUAGAGAUCUUUACACCUAGUUUUCUUUCUCAAUACAGGAGUAGCAACAGAGAUAGGAGAUUCCAUAAAGGAAGUGGCUUCCAGGAUGACCCACACAGUUUGUACAGUGGGUAUAGCCCCAUGGGGUGUCAUCGAAGGAAGAGAUGAUCUUCUUGGGCAAAACGUAAGACUUCUCUUUCUCUAAAUGGCCCUUCUCUUGUCUAGUCAUACAACCCUGAUUAUAGAUUUAUUUUGGUUCAGGUUAUGGCUCAGUAUCAAGCUUUGAAGAAUCCACUAAGCAAACUCCAUGUUCUCAAUAGUCACCAUUCUCAUUUCUUACUGGUGGAUGACGGGACAGUUGGGAAGCACGGAGGGGAGAUUCAUAUACGAAGAGAAUUGGAGAAGAAAAUCAGUCAACAGCAAAUUCAUACAAGUGAGAUUUUAAGUUAAAUAAUAAUAAUACAAUUCUGUCACUGCUAUAUUCACAAUACUUUUUAAAAAUGCCACUUGGUGUCUCUUAACCAGCUCUUACAAAACACAUGCAAAUCAAUAAAAAUAGAUGUUUCCAAUGUAUGCUGCUCUAAUAUAGAGGUACAUUUUUUUUUUUAUAUGUUCUCAAACUUGUUCUAUACUUAAAAAAAAUAAAAUAUAUAUAUAUAUAUUGAUGUGUUCUAACACCCCUCUAGGGACAGCCACACGUGUUCCUCUUGUGGCUCUUUUAAUUGAAGGUGGCCCUAACAGCAUCUACACAGUCUUGGAAUAUCUUCAGCAAAGUCCUCCUGUGCCAGUUGUUGUCUUCGAGGGAAGUGGGAGAGCUGCAGAUCUUUUGGCCUACGUUUAUGAACAAACUGAGAGCUGUGGGUAAGAAAAUAUCUGUGAUCGAGCAGUAAGAUACUGCAAUAUGUGUAGCCAGAAUGGCUUCACCAUUUUGUUAUAGACUGUUAGAGUGACUUCAUAGGAAACUUUUUUCUCUCUCUCUCAGGUUUGAUUUUAUUUUCUUAGAAAUACAUAGUGCAUGUUUUCUAAGUGCUCCAUAUGAUUCUAUCAAUUUAGUCCAGUCGCCAGUAUCUUUGGCUAACUACCUUGAGCUGACUGAGAAGUCCAGGCAUCCUGCAUCAACUGGCCGGCUCAGGGUUGCCUCCAGCGGUCAUCUGCUAUGGUCUGCAUGGAGAUCUCUGCCGAUUGUGAGUGAGUCCUAGCGUGCAUUGUGGAGGAGAGAGGUGGCCAAUCUCCUGGCCCAAUGUGUACUGACUUGUGACACCAUGGAGCUGAAGUCCCACUACCAUCCCCCAUGGACCGGUGGGGGGAUCCCUGUCUCCACUGUGAGGACUUCUUCCCUCCACAGGAGGCAUGCAGCAAUGCCAAGGUUCAAAAAGCUACUGAGAAUAGUGCUUUAAAAAUGGCGGAGGUUGCAUGCCCCUUGAUUCAUCUGGAAGGGAGGACCGGAGUACUGCUUCGGCUAGUCAGCCUCUUUAAAAAUUUUGGCAGAGACUGCAAGACAGGUACAUCAUGCCUGCCACACAAGUCCUACCACCUUGCUCAUCUGCGUGGCCACUCCGCUAGGGCGGUCCACCUCAGGCGGCAUAGACCACAUCGGCAACGCCUGGGGAAAGUGUCGCACAGACCUUUACUGGGGCCGGGCACAUACAGGCCAUGACAGGGGACUCCCAAGUGGGUUGAAGCAUGAUGGGGAACGCAGAAAGUGACACAGGGCCUGACUUUCCAUCAAGGUAUUGUUUGACUCUUGGCUCGAUAUACAGCACCAUAUUGUGGGACUAUGUCCUGCCCUUGGUGGGCAUAGGCUAAAGAACAACAAAGAGGCCUUGAUUCAUAUCCCUUGAUGAGAAACCUGGCUAAAUCAAGGAGCCAUGCUUUAUAGUAUCCUGGACUCUCGCAUCUCUCUCACAGAGCCUUUUGGAGUGGAACUAUUUUUUUAAAAUGUAUAAAUCUUUAUUACAUAGUUAUUCAUUGACAUCAAAUAAACAGUCCUGUUAAUCCAAACAAAUUGUCAAUAAUUAUACAAUCAAUAAACCACAAAGGAGAAAAAAAACCCAAGGAAAUAUAGAAACAAAAAAAAAACUCCAAACAUCCAGUCACACCAUUUGCCUGGGGUCUAUCACCUUUAAAUUUGAGCCAUCCAAAGAGUUCACGUGGCUAAUGUUGGAAUAUUAUUCUAUAAAAGAUGGAUCCAUCUUGUCGGUAAAUUUCCAUGCCAUCUUGACCAAAUUUCUUCAUACAAUUUAGCCUUUAAAUCAUUGCCAAUAAAACAAUAUUUUUUCUGAACAACCCUGAAGUUGAAUUUGAUUUAGAAUUCCAGGCCAUGAUCGAAUCUCUGUUUUUUUCCCCAAUAUCUGGAUAUACAUAUCUUAAAAGCAAGAAGUAUGUUUAUACAUAAAUAUUUUGUACAUCGGUUCUGAAAUAGAAAGGUUUGAGGGGCUAUCUCAUAGUUUUAGUUUAAAAUAGUCGUAAAUAUUACUGCUAAUUUAUUUUUAAUUUGGACAAGGUUUAGACAUUCCACCAAAUAUGGAAUUGAGUACUGUCUUCUCUAAGACAUCUCCAACAUAUUCUAGAUACGCUCUGAUCAAAAUUAGAUAUACAAGUGGGUAGCAGAUACCUUCUAUCAGUUAACUUACAAUAUUGUUCAUGUACGUUUACACAAUGUGUGGCUUUCCUAGUCGUAUACCAAACUUUAUACCACAUUUGUAAGGAAAAUGAACAUUUGAUAUUGCAUUCCCAUUUAUUUAUAUAUUUUGCUUUUAUGUUCGAUUUCUCUGGGAUUAUUAGAUUAGAAAUUUUAGAUAUAAGGUUUUUUGGAGAAUAUUAUUCAAUACAUUUAUCCCAGCUAUCGAUAUCUUUAUAUAAAAGGCAAGCUAAAAAUAUUUGACUCUUAGAUAGUUGAAUAUUUCACACAAUGGUAAGUUACAUUUGUUACAUAGGUCAGUAAACUGGGUAUAAUGUCAGUUAUUAUAUAAAUCUGAAAUUGCCACACAAUUUACAAGUAUCUAACAAAAUACUGUCUAUACAUAUAGGAAAUACUUUGAUUGGAGUUGACACAUUGAUUAAAUGAACAAUUACUAGUCAUUCAGCAUGUUUUAUUUUAUUCUGCUUUAUAAUAUAAAAGUGUGCAGUAUUAUCGAAUACCAUGCAUUUAUCUUUUUUAAAUUUUUUAUUCAAUUUCUUUUUAUUGAAGAAUAUCAAACACAUGGGUUCACAGCAACUUGGCAAAUAUAGAAAUGAGCAGACAUCUCAACUUGUACUUGCUGAGCACAGUAUUUACAAUGUAACAGCAUUACAUGUUUUGGCUAUUUGCAAAUAAUCAAUAUAGCUGUUCCUAUACAUGAAUAGAUGAUGCCUUUCCACACAUGUUUAUUAGACUGGUAUUGCCUGAGAAGACGUUUAUAAUAAGAGUGAAUGGUAAACAGUACAGACUCCUGACCAGCUACCGUCUGAUUGCAAAACUUUCCACUGAAUACAAGUGAGAAUUGCUCAGGGGUACACUCCGGCUCAUAUGUUCUCUCUCUUUGCACCCGUUGCCAGAGUUAGGGGACCAUUUUGCCCAAUACAUUGUAGGAGCAUACAAUGUUAUAAACUCUAUUCCCAUACUUAUGUGUGUCAAUUUUGUAGGAGUAACCAAGGAAAAUAUUAAUAUGCUCAUUCCCCAUGCGGGUGUCCAGCUGAACUAUGUCUUGUAAUGGAGGUGUGGUUGUCUACUAUGUACUUUGUCAUACAGUUUAGUUACACGUAGUCCACUCAACACUUAUGAAAUUAAAAAGUAAGAGGUACAGAAUAAAAAGUAGAGUGUAAAGCAAAGGGUGUCAUCUUCCUUAGCUAGCUACAACCAAGCUCCCUUUGUGUGUAUCCUUCGUCCCCUCUCCCAUAUAGGAAAGCCAAGGAUGCCAUAUCUUAGUAUAAUGAGCCAGUUUCCCCAGGGAUGACUACCUGAGUUCUUCCAAGGUACGAAAGUGCUCCAUUUUAGCUAUCCAUUCCUUUAAGCCUGGGGUCUUGGUCGCCUUCCACAGGCUCGCUAUUACAGACUUGGCUUCCGUAAGCAUAAAAUACAACAAAUAGUUUUUGAAUUUUUGUUAAAGAUGUAUCCAUUUAUAGGAGUAGCAUAUUGUCCAUCUCAAGGGAUACGCUCAUACAUGUAAUUACCUGUACCGAGGUCCCCACCUGUACCCAAAAGGGCAUUAUCCCCUUACACUUACACUAAAUAUGGCACAAGUCACCGGUCGUCUCUCCACAUCUCCAGCAAAGGAGGGAUGUGGUUGGGUGGAAUCUAUUAAUUUCCCGUAGCGUGAGAUAUCAUCACGAAAUCAACUUGUAAUUAAUUUCUUGCAACCGGGCACUUGAGUGGGCAUAGAAAACCCCCCUGAAGAUGGAUUCCCACUCCUUCCCCCCCAUGGAUAACCCUAAGUAGUUCUCCCCAUUUUUUGGUGAAAUAUGGGAACCCUUGAUGAAGAUGGGGCUGAAUUAUUUUAAUACAUUGUGAAGUUGACUUAGCAACCACUGAGGAGCCUGAGCAUAACCUUUUGAACUCUUUAUGUGCCCUGAGAGCCCCCUCUGGGAUGUCCAGGGUUUUGAUGAAGUGUGGAGCCUGGAAAAAUUGGAAUGCCUGUGCUAGAGGGAUGAUACUGUUUGUCAUAUCUGAUAGAGGUCGAAUCCUGUCUGGUCCCCACAGACUGUCUAGUGGUAUAUAUGGUACGCUCUCUAAAUGUGUUGUCAGGGGUAGUAUAAGGUCUUUUAACCCUACCGGGAACAAGGUGUUGUGGGAGAUGGGAUAUCUUGGUGAAAUUGUGGGAGAGAUCUCAGGCAAGUGGGCUAUUUUGGACCACACUGAAAGUGUUGCUGAAAUGGUUGGAUGCUGGGGAAUUGGGUACUUCCUAGACUCUGAAACUGCCCAAGGGAGGGCCUGUAGAGGGGUAUGAGAAGAGUCUUGUUCAAUGUAAAGCCAAAGUUUGGAGGGGGGUUGUAUGGACCAGUCUAGAAUUCUAUUCAUAUGUACUGCGUAUUGGUAGUGGAGGAUGUUUGGAAGUCCCAAGCCUUCCCGGUGUUUAGGGCGGGUGAUGAUACGAUAAGCCAAACGCAGUCUUUUCCCUGCCCAGAUGAACCGUGUAAAUAGUGUUUGAAUGGUUUUAAAGAAACUCCUGGGAAGACAUAUCGGUAUUGUGAUUAACCCCUUAAGGACACAUGACGGAAAUAUUCCGCCAUGAUUCCCUUUUAUUUCAGAAGUUGUGUCCUUAAGGGGUUAAGAGACACAGGAUGUGGGGGAGUAUAUUCUUUGAUAUAGCAUUGACCCUUCCCAUCCAUCUAAGAGUGGGUUUAUCCCAUGUCUGUAGGUCUGCCUGUAUGGCGUUCAGCAGGCGGGGAAAAUUCAAUGCGUUUAAUGUGCUAGGGUUAGCUGGGAUGUUUACACCCAGGUAUUUUAUCGAUGUAGGGGCCCACUGGAACUGAAACUACCUCUGCAGCCAUUCCACUUCCCCCUGUUGUACCGUGAAAUUAAGUAUUUUGCAUUUCUCUGUGUUAAUCUUAAAACUAGCCAUUGAGCUAUAUUUGGUCACUUCGUUCACUAAUUCUGUAAGGGUGGUAGUCGGAUCAGUGAGUGUAAAGAGUAAAUCAUCCGCGAAAGCGGAAACCUUUAAUUCCCGUUGCCCUAUAUGUAUUCCCCUGACAUCUCCAUUUUUACGUACUGCUUGAAGUAGCGGUUCUAAUACCAAAAUGAACAAAAGGUGCAUUUAUCUUUUUAUGUCUUUUGAAAACUUGCCAUAGCUGUUGUGGCAUUGCAAGCCUGUUUGUAUUUUCUUCACACAGAAAAAAAUAAAUAGAUACAUUUGUAUACAUUACCAGAUCUAUCUACAUCACAGAAUUUACAGAAACUAGAACAACCCUUUUUCAAGUGAAAUACAUUCCUCAUCCUGUGUGCUUGCCUGUGUACUAUAUCAUUUAUUGGCUAUUCAAACUUUGUAUUCAAGCAGAUUUCUUUAUUAUCCAGGAUUAUAUCCGUUCACUGUCCAUUGAAGCCCCAUGCCAAACCAUGUGUAGAUUGUUCAACAACUUGUUUGCAUAGAGCAUACAAUGGAUAGUAUCUCAAUUUAUGGGAUAAUUUCUCUUUUUUGUGUACAUUGAAAUGCAUAUUGUAUCCUAGUAAAAUAUAAGUAAACAAAGAACUUUGAACUAGCCAAAAUAUAAAAGUAUAAUAUAAGCUAGUGUUUUAGGUUAGGAACAGUCACACAUAAAGUUCCCUCUGCAGGUUGCUCGAAUUAAUAAACAAGCUUAUUUUCUUAUUUAGGAGUCUACCAGAGGGCAUAGAAUCAGAGCUGAUUGCUACCAUCAGGAGGAUGUUCACCCUAAAUCAGAAGGACACAACUUAUUUAUUCCAGACCUUACUAGCUUGCAUGAAAAUCAAGAACCUUGUGAGUAUUUAGAACUCUAUAUUCUGGAAUUUAGAGUGGAAAAAAAUAAAAUGGGUUGUCUCGCUCAGUGUAAAAACAGUGUAAUGAAUGUGUGGCAUAGUAGGAUGUCUUCCUGUUACAUUUAACUUUUUAGCGUCAAUUUAAACAUCAUUUAGUCUUCCUAUUUUCCUGACUGUCACCUACCCUUUUAGUAGAACUACCUUCCGGAAAAAAAACUUAUUGAAAACCACUUUAAAUUUCUAAGAUGCUUAUAUCAUUCUGCUGUGAUACAUAUUGCAGCUUAGAUUCUAAAUUGAUAACGGUUUCUGUCUCCUAGAUAACUAUAUAUCGUACGGGGUCUGAAGAACACCAGGAUAUUGAUGUUGCAAUCCUUACAGCACUAUUGAAAGGUAAAUAUUUCUGGUGAAAAACACAUGUUCGCCCAGUGUCAUGUUAUCAGAUAUGAUGUUCAUGCACAAACCUUCAUUGUAAGGAUGGACCUCUAUAGUAUGACAUAUCUCUUUACAACGUACAUAUGACAGGGGAACAUUUUUGUGAAGAUCUUUUUAUAAGUAGAUGUAUGAUGUAAACAAACAAUUGUUUCUGACAUAGCCAGGUUUCCAAUGUCUUGAAAAAGUCAGUCCAUAUUUUAACAUUGUGCAAUUAUAAUUUUUGAUUUCAACUUUUAUUUUACAUAGGCACCAACACAUCUCCAAAUGAUCAACUUGUCCUUGCGCUCACAUGGAACAGAGUAGACAUAGCAAAAAAUAAUAUUUUCCUCCACGGACAACAGGGGCGAGUAUGUAACCACUGUUUACUAGGGUUACGUGUGGCUGAUGUUUGUGAAUGUCCUUUCAGGAUACCAACUGCUGUUUGUAUACUAAUACUGAUGGUGGAUAGAGGCAGGUUGAAUGUUUAAUACUAUGAGGGCCAUCCAUUUUCACAUACCCCUUCUUCUUCUUACUAAUAUAUUUGCAGCAUCAGAUUCAGGGUAAAUCCCCUGUUUUUUUGUGUAUUGACAAUUAGCCAUGAAGGGCAAUGUGACUGGCUAGAUGACACAGGUACAAGUCCUCUGUGACACAACUGUAAAUAUAUUUUAAGUUUAGCUAUCAAUUUAGCUAUCAGCUCCCUAUGUGUUUCUUCCCACCCAGACCCUUUGUGUGUCUCUUGCUCCCAGCCCUUCUGUGUGUUUUCACCCUAGUCCCCUGUGUGUCCCUUACGCCUCAGCCCCUUUGUGUGUCUUUUUUACCUCAAGCCUCACAUGUGUCUUACUCCCAGCCCCUAUAUGUGUCUCUUAUCCCCAGACCCUAUAUGCGUCUCUUCACCUCAGCCACUCGGUGUGUUUCUUCCCCCCAGCCGCUCUGUGUGUUUCUUCCCCCCAGUCCCUCUUUGUGUCUCUUCCCCCAGCCCUUCUGUGUCUCUUCCCCCCAGCCCUUCUAUGUGUCUUGUCCCCAGCCCCUAUGUGUGUGUUUUUCUCCUCUAGCCCCUUUGUGUGUCUCUUCCUCUCUCAGCCUUUUUGUUUGUCUCUUUCUCCCCAACCUAUUUUUGUGCCUCUACCCCCAGACUCUUUAACAUAGAAACACAGAAUGUGACGGCAGAUAGUCUGCCCAAUGUUCUAAAUACUCUCAUUAGUCCCUGGCCUUAUCUUAUAGCUAGGAUAGCUUUAUGCCUAUCCCACGCAUGCGUAAACUUAUUCACUGUGUUAACCUCCACCACUUCAGCUGUAAGGCUAUCAGUGGCGGAUCCAGAGCCUGAUCUCGGGAGGGGCACUUGUAGAUUAUUUAAAUAAAUAAUCCAGGCACAAUAACCACUACAGCUCUGUGUAGUAGUUAUGGUGUCAGUAGUGCCAGGAUUCCACCCCAGAGUAAGUAGUCAUACCGUUUAAGAACAGUUUGACAACUUACCUGGGGUCUGCUGGGAUAUAGGGUAUAGGAGCAGUGGUCUGUGUUAAGGGUGAAGUGUGUGAGUGCGGCAGUGUAUGUCAGGGACAGUGUUUGUGGGGCAGUGUGUGUAUGGGGACAGUGUUUGUGGGGCAGUGUGUGUGUAUUGGGACAGUGUUUGUGGGGCAGUGUGUGUAUGGGGGGCAGUGUGUGUAUGGGGAUAGUGUUUGUGGGGCAGUGUGUGUAUGGGGAUAGUGUUUGUGGGGCAGUGUAUUGUUUGUGGGGCAGUGUGUGUAUGGGGGUGUGUGUAUGGGGACAGUGUUUGUGGGGCAGUGUGUGUUUGGGGGACAGUGUGUGUAUGGGGGCAGUGUGUGUAUGGGGACAGUGUUUGGGGCGGUGUGUGUAUGGGGACAGUGUUUGUGGGGCGGUGUGUGUGUAGUGUUGUGGGGCAGUGUGUGUGUGUAAUGGGGGCAGUGUGUGUGUGUAAUGGGGGGCAGUGUGUGUAAUGGGGGCAGUGUGUGUGUAUGGGGGGCAGUAAUGUGUGUAAUGGGGGUGAUGUGUGUAAUGGGGGCAGUGUGUGUAAUGGGGGCAGUGUGUGUGGUAUGGGGGGCAGUGUGUGUGUGUGGGGGCAGUGUGUGGUGUGUAGGGGGCAGUGUGUGUAAUGGGGCAGUGUGUGUAAUGUGGGGGCAGUGUGUGUAAUGGGGGGGCAGUGUGGCUUUUAAAUAAUUUAUUUUUAUUUUAUUUAAUAAAAUAAAUAUUCUGUGUCCCCCCUCCCUUCUUACCUUUAUUUAGGAGUAGGGGGGACAUUUCCCUGGUGGUCCCAGUGGUGAUUCCCUGGUGGUCAGGUGGUCAGAGUGAACUCUAGCCCACGCUCCCGGGCUAGAGUUCACUCUCGCGAGAUUUGGAGUGUUGCCGUGGUAACCGCGGCAACGCUCCAAAUCUCGAGAGAGGAGGACCCGGAGGAGCUGCAGACUGAGCUCCGGGUACUCUCUCUCACUCCCUCCCCCGCCGCCUGUCAGCACGGUGCCUGCGGACCGGGGAGGGAGAUCUCUGAUCUCUGAUCUUCCUCCCCGGUCCUCAGGCACAUUGCAGGGCUGGCACUUGGGCAAUGCCAGCCCUGCGUUAGCCGGCAGGGGGGAAUGUCGGGGGGGCAAUUGCCCCGUUGCCCCCCCCCUGGAUCCGCCAAUGAAGGCUAUUCCGUGCAUCCAAUACCCUCUCAGUAAAGUAAUACUUCCUGAUAUUACUUUUAAAACUUUGCCCCUCUAAUUUAAGACUAUGUCCUCUUGUUGUGGUAGUUUUUCUUCUUUUAAAUAUAGUCUCCUCCUUUACUGUGUUGAUUCCCUUUAUGUAUUUAAAUGUUAAAUCCUUUAACCUUUCCUUGUACGCUUUAUCCUGUAAUUCAUGAACUAGUUUUGUAGCCCUUCUCAGAACUCUCUCCAAAGUAUCAAUAUCCUUCUUAAAAUAUGGUCUUCAGUAUUGCGUACAGUACUCCAAAUGAAGUCUCACUAGUGUUCUCUACAGUGGCAUGAGCACUUCCCUCUUUCUACUGCCUAUGCAACCAUGCAUUCUGCUAGCAUUUCCUGCUGCUCUAUUACAUAGUAUGCCUACCUUUAAAUCAUCUGAAAUAAUUACCCCUAAAUCCCUUUCCUCAGAUGUUGAGGUUAGGACUCAAAUAUUGUAUACUCUGCUCUUGGGAUUUUGCAUCCAUGAUGCAUUAUCUUGUACUUAUCCACAUUAAAUGUCAGUUGCCACAGCUCUGACCAUUUUUCUAGUUUACCUAAAUCAUUUGCCAUUUGGCUUAUCCCUCCUGGACCAUCAACCCUGUUACAUAUCUUAGUAUCAUCAGCAAAAAGACAUACCUUACCAUCAAGACCUUCUGCAAUAUCCCUAAUAAAAAUAUUAAAGACAACAGAUCCCUGAUGUACCCCACUGGUGACAAGUCCAAGCUUUGAAUAUAUUCCAUUAACUACAACCCUCUGUUGCCUGUUACUCAGCCACUGCCUUACCCAUUCAACAAUAUUGGAAUCCAAACUUAAAGAUUGCAGUUUAAUGAUAAGCCUUCUUUGCAACAGUGUCAAAAGCCUUACUGAAAUCUAGGUAAGCAAUGUCUACUGCACCACCAUGAUCUAUAAUUUUAGUUACCCAAACAAAACAAAAAAUAAGAUUAGUUUGGCAUGACCUCCCUGGAGUAAACCCAUGUUGUGUCUGAUCUUGAAAUCUAUGUGUUUUUAGAUGUUGAACAAUUCUAUCCUUUAACAUGGUUUCUAUUAUUUUCCCCACUACUUUUUGUGUGUCUUUCUCUUACAGUUUCUUUGAAUCUCCCUUCUCCUCCAGCCCCUUUGCAUGUCUCUUUUUUUCCCCUCUCCAAAUACCUCUGUGUGUCAUUGUCCCCUUCCCUUUCCCAAACCCUCUGUGUCACUCAUUGUCCCUUUCCACAUCUCUAGGCAAUUAUGGGUUUCUUUCUCUUUACUCCCCUUCCGUGCCUGCUCGCCUCCUCUUUGUAGUGUGGCCAAGUGGACCACGGAUAGAACCUUCUGUAUCCGCUAUCUGGUUUGACAGGAAGCUGUUUGUAGCUCCCAGGUAAAGGGUUCAGAAGAUCCUCUACCCUCAGUUUGCACAGCAGUGGGCUAAGCACUGUACUGUGCACUCUUCUCCUGCCAGUCACCCGGACCCUGGAUAUUACGCCCCCCGGGCCAGUGCACCCUAGGUGGCUGCCUAGUCUGCCUAGCAAUAGCACCAACCCUGCAUAUAUCAUUCAAUGAGCAGCCAUAUAUUAACCCCUUAAGGACACAUGACAUGUGUGACAUGUCAUGAUUCCCUUUUAUUCCAGAAGUUUGGUCCUUAAGGGGUUAAAGAUCAGAAUGUUGUUAUUUGGAUGCAAAAUAAAAGACAAACCAAUAAUGGGUAAAAUGUUAACAUGCUUGGGUGGGUCGAACUCACCUGAAUUUUAGCUAAUUUGUGCCAUUACACAAAAACACAUACUACUAACAUAGACUGAUGCCACCAAGGGCAGUUCAUAAAUAUAAAUAUCAGAAAUAUCCCCUCUGUACAAGAGAUAAAGUAACUCCAUGCCCUCAUUAUAAACGAUCUAGUCCACAUAGGUGACGUAACAUUUUUUGUACCAUGUAUGCCAUUUAUCAAUGCUACAUAUGAAUGCUAUUACAUGCUGGAACACUAAUUGGAAGAAUGGGAAUGUUUACUACAUACUAUAAAUGAUGUAUUUGUUUUAUAUUAUUUGUUCCUUAAGGUAACAAGCAGUAUAAGACGACCCACUACUUGCCAUCUAACAAGCAUGGCUAUCCAAUUAAAUAAUAAAAAAUAAAAUUGUCAAAAAUUAAUGAAUGAUUUAUUUUCUGCAGACAGAGCCUUUGGAACAAGCCAUGUUGGAUGCGCUUAUAAUGAACAGAGUUGCAUUUGUCAAACUUUUGAUUGAAAAUGGAGUAAACUUACACAGAUUCCUUACAAUACCCAGACUGGAGGAACUGUAUAACACAGUAAGUUACACAUGUUUAUUCUAGUCUGCUUUGAUAAUAAUUCAUUGUAUUAGUUAAAACAGAUGCAAUCACAGAGUUAAAAUCCAUUUAGGAUCUAGCAUUUCAUCUUGGAUAGCCCUGCAUAAACCAAUCCAAUACAAAAUGAACUAAUUAAUGAAGUUAAUUUUAAAUUUCAAAAGGUCAAAAAAUUAUCUUAGUCAACUCUGUUUGACUACUCUGACUUUAAAGUUGAUUUAAACUUAAAUUUUAAAUGUAGUAGAAAUCUCUGAUACUUUCCAAGAUUUGAAGUGGCUUAGAUGCAAUGUUUUGCAGCUGUCCAAUCACAGGCUUCCCAAUGCAGUUCAAUGAGAAGUCUUUGCAAGUUAGGUGAUCUGGGCAAUUGUCUGCCUCUUUAUUGGGAAUCGUAUAUGUAUUCUUAGCAAUACAAUCCUGGAGGAAAUUCAUUUGAGAGAGUAAACCUGUUGUCACAGGAUAGGAAUAGGCAGUCUAUUUUAUGCUUUCUAUUUUCUCGUUAUUACUUAGCUGGUCUAAUGCUGCUAAUGAACGAGAUGCAUCAUAUUUCCUACAAUUUAAUAGCUAAUGAAUUGCUAACAAAAAUAUCUGUUGAUAAAAGCGUAUCAAUUAAACUGUUAAUAGCUCCCAACUGAUUCCUCUUCUGCAACUGUCAUUAGUCUAAUACUAUCCUUACCUUUUUGUGUCAUUUUACCCCACUCCCUCUAGCAUGUAAGCUCAUUGACCAGGGCCCUCAACCCCUCUGUUUCUGUGCAUCAAACUUGUCUGGUUACAACUACAUGUCUGUUCGUCCACCCAAUGUAAAGCGCUGCGGAAUUUGACAGCGCUCUAUAAAUAGCAUAAUAAUAAUAAUAAUAAUAAUAAUUUAAACUUACUAAGAACAUAAAAUUAAUAUCAAACAAGAUUAAUGUUUGUUUCUCUUUUUUUCAAUGUUAGAAACAACAUGCAAACACCACCUUACUGCACCUUAUACAGGACGUCAAGAAGGUAAUCCGUUUGAAUUUUUAAAAACAGAUUUUUGCAUGAUGAGAGUAUCGAGGUGCUAGGUGUAAUGACUGAUCCAUCCGGGUUUUGGAUAAUAUACAGCUGGUUACACCUUGAAACUGAUAUAGUUGCAUUUAGAUAUGUUUAGUUUAGACAAAGUAGUGCUCAGUUGUUAUUUUUACAUCACAUCUGUUAGGGGUUGUACAGGUGUUAAAAGACAUGUGGCUAAAACCACAAGCUAUUUGUUAAAAAAGCACCAUAACCACAGAAGACACUCAAAAUCUGCUGCCAAAACCAAGCAGUAAUCUCCAAAACAGGCUAUGAAUAAAAAAAAUAAACAAACAAGGUUGGAGCAUAAUAGUGUACUCAGGGUCGGUGCAAGGAUUUUGUCCUGCCCACCAUGUGACAUCGCAAUGCCCCACCCAUAUGAUCUGCCAUAUAAGCCAACGUCAGUGCUGCACAUAGUGUCUUUUAUCUGAAAAGGCAGUGUGUUUACAUUAAAAAGCCUACAGGAACAGGCUAUAGACACCAGAACCACUACAUCAAACUGUAGAGGGUUCUGGUGACUAUAGGGGCCCUUCAAUGUGAGGUAAAUUAGGUAUAAGUACCACUAAUAAUAUACUGGAUUGCCUACUUACCACCAGAUGAGGAAAAGAGGAUGAUGAUGGGCUCAGGCUGCAGUUUGGCUCCACAGGUCUGGUGUUAAAACAGGCUCUCUGGAGACUGUUUGUAACAGUGCUCACAUCAAUUAAUGAACAGGAAGCAGUUCCAUUUUUUGGAGCCAUACAGUGAGUAUGCCUACAAGGUCCACCCAUAAAUCCACCUACAUGGCCCACCUAUGAGUUCUCUCACAGGGAGUGGAGUGUAUGUGUGUAGGGGAUGUGUUAUGUGUUAUUGUAGAGGAUGUAAUGUGUAUGGAAUGUAGUGUAUAGGGAUACCAAUUUGUGUAAGGGAUGUAGUGUGUGUAUAGGGGAUGCAGUGUCUGUUUGUGUGUAAGGAAUGCAGUGUAUGUUUCUGGAUGUGUGUGUGUAAGGGAUGCAAGGUGUGUUUCUGUGUAUGUAAUUCAAUGCAGUGUGUGUCUGUAAGGGGUGCAUUGAGUGUGUCUAAGAGAUGCAUUUUGUUUCUGUGUGCGAGUAAGGGAUGCAUUGUGUGUUUUGGUGUGUCUGUGUGUGAGUAGGGAUGCAUUGUAUAUUUCUGUGUGUGUGGAUGCAUUGUGUAUGUGUGUAGUGUAAAAGAGAGGGUUUGUGGGGUAGGAUAGGGACUGAGUGCUCUCCCCUCCUGUCAUUUAGUGAUCCCUCCUUCCCUCCUGUUCCUCAGUGUUCUCCCCUCCUGUCCCUUAGUGCUCUCUCCUGCCCUCCUGUCCCUUAGUGCUCUCCCUUGGCCUCCUGUCCCUCUGCAGUCCACCCUUGGUGGUCUUCUCACUCACCCUUCUCCCCCCCCCUUAGUGGUCAUCCUCUCCCCCACCCCCUUAGUGGUCCUCCUCCUCUCCCAAACCCCUUAGUGGUCCUUCCCCUCUCCCCUUAGUGGUCCUCCCUCCCCUUAGUGGUCAUCCUCUCCCUCCAACCCCUUAGUGGUCCUCCCCCCUCUCCCAAACCCCUUAGUGGUCCUUCCCCUCCUCCCUUAGUGGUCCCCCUGGUCUUAACCUUCUUCCCCUUAGUGGUCCUUCCCCCUCCUCCCCCACCCCUUAGUAGUCCUUUCCCCUUUUCCCCACCCCUUAGUGGUGCUUUCCCCUCCUCCCCCACCCUUUAGAGGUCCUUUCUCCCUCUUCCCCACCUCAGUGGUCCUUACCCUCCCCUUUGGUGAUCCUUCCCCCCUAACCCACCCCCCCCUUGGUGGUCCUCCCUCCCUUUUGUGCCUCCUACCUAUGUAGCGUGGCCGGGCGGCACAGACUGCAGUACAGGAAUUUCCUGUCAGUCCGCCGGUGGCCGGGUACAGGAAACAGAAGUUCCUGUACUGCGGUUCGCCCCGCCUGGCCACGCUACAUUGAGUUUCCAGCAGGAGAGAGCGCUGUGCGCUUCCCUCCUGCCGGUCACCUAAAUCUAGUGCCCCCGGUCCGGUGCGCACUAGGCGACUGCCUAAGUCGCCUAUAGGACGCGCCGGCCCUGAGUGUACUUAAAUAGGAUAAAACCAUGUGAACUAUGUUUUCAUACAAUAAGCAUAGCCUUUUGGUGUUACUGGUUCAAAUGUAUUAUUACAAUAUAAAAGAUAGCUGUUUUUUUACAUGAAAAACAUAAAACCGAUCAUAGAUUAAUAUUGCAUAAAACCAUGGCACACCCCGACACACUGAAUACACUUACUAAAUGAUAUAGCACAACUCUCAUGUGAUGGCCCCUAAGUGCCUCUUAUGUCUGACAGUUCCUUGAAUCACCGCUAGAGUUCAGGAGUGUUUAUGAUGUACUCGAUCUCCAAAGUUGUGCACCUUCGGAGGUCCUGAAUUUUAAAGUGCAAGUCCUAAAUAUGCAAAUUAACGAGCCUUGCUAUUCAGGUAGUGCAUAUGGCUGUUUCAAUAUUGUCACAACCAACAGAUGGUGCUGUACAGGCUGCAUAACCAAAAACAACUAGUUAUUUGAGAGAAUCAACAGGACAGGAGAGCACACAAAACAUUUAACAAUGAACUUAAAGACAUUGACGCCCAACAAAUUUCAAUGUAAACAUUUACAGACAAUGACCCCCACCAAGGGCAUCUUUUUCCACAGCCACCAAGGGCAUCUUUAACCACUUGUAAGGGUAUACUGAGAUACCCCUACACACCCAGGUUCAGAGCUACUGACGAGCUCGAACCUACCAAAUCAAUGGAAACAUAACUAUUGCUCCUGAACUUCCCUCCACUUAUCAAGCCAAUCUACACCCAAUUAUCCUAUCCAUCCCCCGCCUCCGUGACCAAAACAAGGGAUACACCCCAAUACUAGGGAGAGACGGUGGGACAACAAGUAAGUGGGAAUUAAAUUAAAAGGGGGCUCUCCCAAAAAUGGCCGCCAUUUAUGUGGCUAUAGGCCACCCCUUCCCAAAUUCCCUAAUCCACUCCCCCUAUUCUAAUGCCUGCCUUCUAGCUAAGUCAAGGCCCACUCCACUUAGCUUAGCUGUUCCCCGGGCUUCAUUAUACCUGCUGAAAAACAAAACUUAAGGCAGAAAGAUCCAAGAACAAACAACAACUGAAGACCGCUGCAGUAAAGGUCUGGCAAAACAUCACAAAGGAGGAAACCCAGUGUUUUUUGAUAUCCAUAUGGUCCAGAUUUCAAGCAGUCAUUGCCUGCAAAGGAUUCUCGACUGUUGUAUAAUUCUUCUCUCACCACCAGUACUUCCAAUUGGUAUCCUUUUGAGAGGAAUCCACUCUACAUUUUAUUUAUGAUUGUAUUAAUUUGCCCAAUUACAUUUGAGCCUCUAAAAUAAGGGAACUGUGUAUAAAAAUGGUUGCAAUUCCUAAACAUUUCAGACAAUAUUUUUGUUCAACCCCUUGAAUUAAAGCUAAAAGUCUGCAUUUCAAUUGCAUCUCAGUUAUUUCAUUUCAAAUCCAUUGUAGUGUCAUACAGAGCCAAAAUUCUGAAAAUUGUGUUAGUGUCCAAAUAUUUCCUUACCUAACUGCAUAUACAAAUAUUUAGUAAUGCCAAAAGGAACCGCAACUUUAUUCCAAAUUAAUAUCAAAUAUACAACAAAAUGAUGAACAAUAUAUAUUUAUAGUUACCUGUGGUCUCCAAAACAAUGGGGGAAGUCCUAUGCAGGUCUACCCCCUGGAGACACGACGUGCACUUUGGGUUGUUCUAUGGUCCAUAAUUUGACACCUAUUUUUAAAAACUACUGGUCACUGUUUGGACCAUAAUAGGGCUCCAAUUAUUUAUUGAUAGCACAUAAAAUGAUGAUCUCUAACAUUCUACUAUAAAUGAAGUCUCCAAAAAGAUGGUAGAUAUAUGGCUACAGAAGUAUUGGAUGGCUAUUCUGCCUCUUUUAUGGAGCGAGUACUUGCAUGUGUAAUGAUAAUCCUAGUCCUACAACAACAGUUAUACCUGUUAACAAAUUUAACCCCUUAAGGACACGUGACGUGUGACAUGUCAUGAUUCCCUUUUAUUCCAGAAGUUUGGUUCUUAAGGGGUUAAACCUAUUUAGUUUAGAAAAAUGUUGCCUGAGAGGGGAUAUGAUAACAUUAUACAAAUAUAUUUGGGGCCAAUACAAACCAUUGUGUGGAAAUCUAUUCACAAACCGGACUUUACAUAGGACACGAGGUCAUGCGUUUAGACUGGAAGAAAGAAGAUUUCGUCUAAGGCAAAGGAAAGGUUUUUCUUACUGUAAGAACAAUCAGGAUGUGGAAUUCUCUGCCUGAAGAAGUGGUUUUAUCAGAGUCCAUACAGAUGUUCAAACAGCUACUAGAUACUUGCAAAAACAGAAUAUUCAAAGAUAUAAUCUUUCAAUUUAGGGUAAUAACUGCUUGAUCCAAGGAUAAAUCUGACUGCCAUUCUGGGGUCAAGAAGGAAUUUAUUUCCUAGCUUGUUGCAAAAUUGGAAGUGCUUCAAACUGGGUUUUUUCGCCUUCUUUUCGAUCAACAGCAAAAAAACAAAUGUGUGGAAGGCUGAACUUGAUGGACGCAAAUCUCUUUUCAGCUAUGUAACUAUAUAACCUGCCAAUAUAAUUUGUAAGUUCUUUCUUUGCCUACCAGUAUGUUUAAUAGUCACUUAGACUGAGUAGAACAAGAACCUUGUUUAUUUAUUGGUUUAUUUAUUUAUAAAAUAUUUUACCAGGAUGGAUACAUUGAGAUUUCUCUCGUUUUCAAGUAUGUCCUGGGCAAAGUAAAGGUAGCUUUAUCAGUGGCCAUACUCUGGUAUUGCCAAUACUCUGGUAUUGCUAACUGGAGCUGCAUUUACUGCUUGCUUUUUCAAAGACUGAAAGCAUCUCAUAUACCUUCUUACCUAAUGUGUCUAAAUACACAAAUAUAGUAUCUAUUAAAAUAAUACAUAUAAUUACAGGUAGGGAGAGUGAGAGUGCCCAGGCAUAACAUUUAUUCUCAGGUAGACACCUUACGUUCGUGGUAACAACAUGCAUCAUUGUGGCACACUACCUAGUCCAGUAGGAUAACAUGUCCUAGAGUGGUGGUGUACAUCACAUUUCAUUUACCUUCACCCACCAAUGUAUUGCUUUGUUUGAAGAAAUCAAAUUAUCUUUCCCAAACUCAUUCUUUUAAAAUGUAGUUGAAGUUAUUGCCCUGCUGUGCAGCAUGAGCAUAUCAACAGUAAUAUUUUAGUCCAUCCACUAGCUCUCUGCCUGUGCAUUAACACUUCCAUUGCAUUCUGGUAUGUUCACAACUUUAUUAAAUUAAAUUUUGCACGGAUGCAUUCUUUGACAUGCGUCAGCAAAGAAUUAGGACAUCAGAGCAAUAUCCUGUGAUAGUAGAACCAGGUAUCCAGGCCAAGUUUGGCAGUAUAUAUAUAUAUAUAUAUAUGUGUGUUUGGGGUGAGAUAGUGUGUUUUAUUAUGGCUCUACAGUUGUAUCUCUGUCACAUCUGAGUGCCUGAUAAUGUGUAAUUUAUUCUAGGGUACACUUCCUGCAGGAUAUAAAAUCACCCUUAUGGAUAUUGGACUUGUAGUUGAAUUUCUGAUGGGAGGAGCCUUUAGAUGCAAUUACACCAAGAAACCCUUCAGAGCAAUGUACAAAUCACUCCAACAGGUAUGCACAAAUACCCUUAUACUGUUAUUGCUAUCUGUAAUACUUAGAUAUUUUAUUCCAAUUUAUAAAUAGAUUUUUUUUAAUGUAACCUACCGAUAACUCAUUCUCAUAAAUAACAGUUCCAAGUAAAUAUGAAUAUAUCCCAUUCAGAUACUACUGACACUGAAAUGGUAUGAAGUACCCCAUGAGGUACAUGUACCAUAGGUUGAGAAAAUGUGAUAUAAUGGAUGGACAAUUAAACCUAUCCCUGCAGCUCCUACCUAUUUCAAUGUUAUGAAUCACAGAGCAUCCACAAAGACCUUAUACAUUUCUGGAAUUAAUCCAUCCAAAAACUGUGGCUCUGACUGGAAUCAAACACCUACAGGAGACACUUACAUGGUGAAGGUCUAUUCCGUAGUUGGCCUUUAUAUAGGUGUAGAAAUAUUUUAGAAUGUACUUAUGAUUACUAUUCCCUGAUGUAUACUGACUUUAUUGUACAUGUGUGAUUGCACUAUAACUGAAAGGAAAGAUGUGUGUGUGUCUAUACAUACAUACACACAUACACAUGCCAUUAACUUAACCUUAUUUCCUGCUGUUUACAGCGAUCAUCUAGAAAUGCCGUUACCAUUUCUUCACCAAAUUCCUCAAACACAAGACACGAACACUUUAUUCAAACAGCCCAGCCAUACAAGCCAAAGGUAUGUAUUGUUCUUUGUAUUGAUACUAAAUAUAAAAAUAAUCCCGUCCCCCAGUUUUAUUUAUUGCAACCUUAAAUGGCACUGUAGGUAAUUUAACCGUUUCAUCUCAUAUUGUGUCUGUAGUCCCCUGGCACUUAUCCAUAAUCUGAUGGCCCAAGGCAAAGCCAAUAGGUGACAUCAGCAGUGCAGGAUUCUAUACAGAGAAAAUAUAAUUAUUUAGAAAUGCCUCAAAUUCUUGCAUGAUUGGUUGCUCACAUUCUCAUCAGUGUUUCUAUUUAGCAAUUAUUAUUAUUAUUAUUGCUAUUUAUAUAGCACCAAAAUUUGUAGCACUUUAUAAUAUUAUGAGAGGGAGGAUUUAACUAUAAAUGGGACAAUUGCAAGAAAACUUACAGGAACAAUAGGUUGAAGAGGAUAUAGGUUGACAGCAAUAAAGUUGUGUAGAGCACAAUCUAUUAAUCUAUUAAAUUAAUUUAGUCUUUACUAUGCUAAUGAAUGAUUCUUUUUAUUGCAAUAAAAACAGAGGGGUACUACCACCACCCUCCAUUGCCUGCCAUUAUCUUAUAGAUGCAAUAACUAUAUUACUAUAUUACUGCAGAAUCAAUCAUGGCAAUUGGCAUAUGAUGGCAUGGUACUUGGAGCAUCCAAUUAAAUAACCUAUAUAGUUGCACAUAGUUGCACAAAUUUGAGAACACGUUCUAAAGACUUUCCUCAAGAAUUUUUUUGUUUCUAUGGAAAAACUGAUGUUCAAAUCCCCCCCCCUACCCCCCCCCUUCACCAAACCACAACACAACACAAUAUAAUGGCACUUGUGUCAGUGUAUUAUGAUUCAUUUGUGGGUUUUAAUAUCUAGAGAUCGAAGCUGCAGCUGUUAUGAAUCUAUCAAAAUACAAUAUAAAAAGAUGUUUAAUUUGACUGUUUUAUUGGUUAAAAAUGCAUAUAAUUAAUGCAUCCAUUAAAAAUUAAGUACAAAACAGUCACAUUUCAUGCUACAUUGCACUUAUUCCUACGCAGUAUCAUAGAAAGGAAACGGCUAUUUAAACACAAAUAAUAACAGUCAACUAAUUGUUAGAACACACCCAAAAUGAACCAUGUAAUAAGUAUAAAAGUAAUCCCUUCCAGCAUUUGCCCCUCUAUUCAUAGAUGUGUGCAGCUCAUUUUAUUAGGGUGUGCCCCUGAGCUUUUUAAAAAAAAUUUUUGUUGAGGAAAAUAACUACUUCUUGAAUGAAAGUUAAUCAUACAGGACUAAUAGGGAUUUUGUAUAUAUUUUUUUGUAUAAAAGGAGUACUUUGAAAAUUCAACAAUGAAAAUGGUAAUAUAUAUACAUCAUUAAAAUUAAACAUAGCUGAACUAUUUUUUUUUUUUAUAAGAAUAUCAACUAACCAUUUUUGUUUUUAAACACAAACUUCAAAAUUUAACCCCUUAAGGACACAGCUUCUGGAAUGAAUGGGAAUCGUGACGGAAUAUUUCCGUCAUGUGUCCUUAAGGGGUUAAGUAAAAAUAUUUUUGAUAAUUUACUAAGAUAAAUUAUAAUCACGACCUUCAACCAGAUAAGCUAUUUCAAACUGAAAACUAAGUGCAGAUAGUGAACUAAAUUGGCGACAGUGUAGGCAACUGAGUACUAAGUUAGGGUGUGCCAGCUCCAGUGCUACCAUAAAACAGCAGAAGUGGCAGCCUAAUGUCGCAUUAGUACAGGGGUUGCAGUGCACAGUGCUCCUCCUCCUGCCAGUCACUCUCAGUAGCAUGACCUCAUAGACUGUGGUAGAGAAUCCAUGUAUCAUAAAUUAAUAUAUGGUUAUUCCCUUCAAUACACCUGAAGAUUAUGCCCAUGUAAAUUAUUUCACAUACAUUCAGAAAAAAAUAUUCUUUAUUGACAAGUGUUUUUUUUUUUUUGAUGGUACAAUGUUGAGAUCAAACCGUGUCUAAUCAAAGGGAAUUCAGCACAAAGCACAUUCAUUAAAUGAAUAAAGCACAUUGAAAUACAAAAGUUGUCGUGUCCAGGAUAAAAAAGAUUAUGAUUUAAGAAAAAAACAAAAAAACACAACAGAAAAAAAAGAAACCUCAAAAAAAAAAUAUAUUUUCUCCCUACAGGUUAAUAAUUCAAAUGAAGUCAAGAAAACCUCGGGAAUUGUAGAAAAUGAAGAUCGUAUCACAAAACCUUUCCCUCAUCCUUUUAAUGAGCUCCUGGUAUGGGCUGUGUUAACCAACAGACAGACCAUGGCUUUGUUCUUAUGGCAGCAUGGUGAAGACUCCUUGGCCAAAGUGUUGGUAGCCAGAAAACUCUAUCUUUCCAUGUAUCACGAAGCUCGCCUUUGUGACAUUGCUGACGAUACAUGGCGGAAACUUAAAGAAAAUUCCAAGUAAUUGCAAAGAAUUUUUGUUGGGGUUGUGAAAUAAUUUUGUUACAAUACCAGUGAUGACGCUCAUAUCAUUCUAUUCUUUCAUUUGUUAAAAUAUGAAUAGAAUUAUUGCAGGGCUGUAGUCAAAAGAGAUAGGUAUCUGAUGGGCAUGUUAAUACAAGUGCUAUGAAUUUACAAAACAGGACCCUUGAUUAAUGAAAGACAUUUUUUUUCCUAAAAAUUUCUCGAAAUGUAAUUAGUCCUUGUGUUUUUUGUUACCAUAUAUUAUAUUAAUAUAUUAUGGUUACACUUUUGUUUAUUUAAUUUCUACAUAUAAGAGGUUAAUACAUUUCUAGUUCAAGUGUAACAAAGGUGUCUUUCUUUUAUCUGGCUGGGCAGGCAUGUUGAUUUAGUUUCCACUGUUAUCUGACCAAAUGCUGCUCAACCUAACAUGUCUGCUGCUGCAGUUUCACACAGAGCAAUCACAGCAGCAGGCCAGUUAGGUUGUGCAGCAGUGGGUCAGACAACCAUAGAAUCUAAUCCAACACGGCUGCUCAGCCAGAACAUUAAAACAAGGGAAAUUAUCUCAAAACAAUCAAUAUGCAUCACUAGAAAUAUCAUUAAAGGACCACUAUAGGCACCCAGACCACUUCAGCUUAAUGAAGUGGUCUGCAUGCCAGGUCCAGCUAGGGUUAACCCUGCCUGCUGUAAACAUAGAAACUGCUAUGUUUACAAUAGGGUUAAUCCAGCCUCUAGUGGCUGUCUCAUUGACAGCCGCUAGAGGCGCUUCCACGCUUCUCACUGUGAUUUUCACAGUAAGAAGACGCCAGCGUCCAUAGGAAAGCAUUGAGAAAUGCUUUCCUAUGAGACUGGCUGAAUGCGCACGCGGCUCAUGCCGCGCAUGCGCAUUCAGCCGAUGACGGGAAAGGAGGAGGAGAGUCCCCACUGCCGGGCGCUGGAAAAAAGAUCAGGGAUUAACCCCUUCCUUACCCUAAAGCCCGGCGGGAGGGGGGCCCAGAGGGUGAGGGGGGCCCAAGGACCCUAUAGAGCCAGGAAAACAAGUAUGUUUUCCUGGCACUGUAGUGGUCCUUUAAGUUUCAUUAAAUGUAAUAAACUUUUAAAAAUUAAAAGGAAAAAAUUUGAAGGCCUUUGUCCGUUAAUCAUAUGUGGAUAAUGUGGUCGAAUUCUAAAAUACCCCAUUGCUCAAAACAUUUUAUUGCACUGUGAGCCUGCAGUUUAUGAAUAUUCUUUACAAAUGUUUGUGAUAUAUAAAGCGGAAGUUAAUUUGGAGUAAUGUCCCAAGCGGAGCAGUAGACUUUGGGUGCCUUGAAAUCCAGUUUUUGUCAAAAUGCUUGAAAACAGUUUGACAAAAUCUGUAAAAAAAAAAACAAAAUGUGCGGAUAAAUUUAAAGUUAAGUAUCUUUAUUGCUUUAUUUAAAAUUCAUGGCUGGAGUUAUACAACAGGGGGAAGGCACCACAACAUUUGCGUGUUUCGUGCCUCACUUGCAUUUCAUCAGAGAUAUUUAGAGUCGAGAUGCAAACUGGCAAAGACAGACUGGUAUAAAGCGUCCUAGCAUCAUAAUUACGUGACUGUAGUGGUAAUGGUGCUUUGAGAAUUUCUGUUGCACUGUUUAUUACAGAUAUGCUCUGUAUGUGUCUCCUGAUAUAACUAAAGAAAUCUCUUGAAGAAGUUAAUAUAUCAUAAAUCCAUUAUUAUCUUCACUUGAAAAUCAGUUAGAUUUUAAGUAUGAUGAUCGGUAUCAAUAAACAAAAAAGAUUAUCUUUACAAUUUAUUUAAAAAUAAAUAGACUGUAAUGACAUUAAUUUUUCUUUUUUUAAAGACUGCAAUCUUGGAUUUUUUAAGUCAACAUUGUGCUAAAACAUAACAUGUUACAAAGUAUUAUAACACACUUAGAACUAACAUUUAUUUACUUAACCAAAGGUAUUUAACCUUAGACAUCUAGCUGUUCUACAUUUCCCAUAAUCCUCUGCAUGUAUUUGGCAGCCGAUGAGAAAAGAAGAUGGGAGUCCAGACACUAUUCAUCUCCAAUUUUAUUUUAUUAUGAAUUCAUAUUUGUUCUUCUGCAAUAUCUUGCACAAAAAAUAUACUAGCAAACAUAAAUUUACCUUCAUUUCUUGCACUUUUCUUUUCCUAGAGAAUUUGGAAAGUUGGCAUUAGAACUUCUAGACAAAGCCCACAAACAGAAUGAAAGAAUGGCAAUGAAGUUGCUAACAUAUGAACUUAGCAGUUGGAGCAGUUUUACAUGCCUUAAGCUAGCUGUUUUUGGAAGACUUCGAGCAUUUGUAGGACACACAUGUACUCAAAAGCUUCUAUCUGAUAUAUGGAUGGGGAGACUCAAUCUCAGGAAGAAUUCAUGGAUUAAGGUACACAGUAUUACUAUUAAGAAACUAUAA